AUGGCUACCGUCCCUGUGGAUGAAUCCCUCAAGCGGUCUCCCUCGUCUCAUGCCGAGGGUACCAGCACUGCCUAUCAGAGGAUGCCCGAGUCCCUCUUGCACCUCAACGAAGACGAGAUCGCUCUAAUGAACAAGAAAUUAGUUCGAAAGAUCGACUCCAUCAUCCUGCCCAUCAUCGGAAUAUUGUACAUUCUCAACUACAUCGAUCGGCAGAAUCUGGCCGCGGCGAAACUUCAUGGUAUCACCGAAGACCUCAACAUGACAACAGAAGAAUUUGCUACCGCUAUAUCAAUUCUCUUUGUUGGUUACCUGCCGUUCCAGAUCCCGAGCAACCUCAUCAUUGCGAGGAUUCCUCGGCCUGGUAUGUACAUCUGUGUUGCUGUGGUCAUUUGGGGGACUAUCUCAGCUUGCACGGCUCUGGUCAAAAGCUAUGGUCAGCUUCUCGCUGUCAGAGCCAUUCUCGGUGUUGCCGAGGCUGUUUUCUUUCCAGGUGCCAUAUACUACCUCUCCGCAUGGUAUACCAAAACCGAGCUCGGAAAGCGAAUUGCCAGUCUCUACAUCGCCCAACAAGUCGGUAACGCGUUCGGUGGCCUUUUCGCCGCAGCAAUCUUCCAGCUCGACGGUCGACAUGGAAUCAAGGGUUGGCAGUGGCUCUUCAUCAUUGAGGGUUCUGCCACUGUUGGAAUUGGUGUCGUUUGUGCCUUUUUCAUGCCCGAGUUUCCCUACAACAGCCGAAUCCUCUCCCAGCCCGAACGAGACCUCGCCGUGUGGCGUAUCGAAUCAACAACUGGUGCAGCUGAAGGCUCAGAGAAGGAGAGCACUCUCAAGAGCUUCGGAAAGGCUCUGUCUGACCCCAAGCUUCUCCUUCUCAUCUUGUGUAACCUGCUUUCCCAGGCACAAGGCUCGAUUGCCAACUACUUUCCGACUCUGGUUGCGUCGCUCAACUUUGGCAGCACCGUCAGUCUGCUGCUUACUGCGCCGCCCUACGUCCUCGCUGGCGCUGUCUACUGGGUGCUGAUGUGGUACAGCGACAGGAAGAACACAGCAUACCCCAUCAUUAUUGCAUGUAUCGCCAUUGCUAUUGGCAUGUAUAUCAUUCCCAUGUCUACACUCAAUGUGCCUGCACGUUACUUCUCCAUGAUGAUUCUUCCUUUUGCAUCUGUUGGUCCUCAGCUUGUGCUGUACAAGACGAUUAACCUUCAUCUUGCACGUCCUAUUUCGAAGCGCGCUGCAGCAUCUGCCCUGGUCAAUGCUAUUGGUGGCACAUCCAACAUCUGGGCUUCAUACUUGUACUAUGCUCCUCCUCACUUUUAUGCAGCAUUCGGCACUCUUAUGGGCUGCGCUUUUCUCUUUGCCGGUACUAUUACUUUCUAUCGCUGGCUCGUCUUGCGUGAAAAUAAGCGACUGGACUCUAAUGAUCCUGAGGAGAUAGCUAAGGUUGUCAAGGGUGGUGUUACUGAGGAGAUGGUUCAGCUUGGUUGGCGUUACGAAAUGUAUUAA